AAUUGUGCUCGAUGCACAGAUCUUAAAAUCCAAAAUUUGUGAAGCAUUACGCACUUUUGUCCUCGAUUUAGUGCUCGAAUAGUGUAAUUAGAAAGCGACUAGCGAUGCAUACAGGGUAUUAAAAUGAGACCAUCGAUAUAUAAAUACUAGAAAGCUAAGAACAGAAUAUUUAUUUAUAGGAGUACACUUUGGUAUUUACUUGCCACAAUCUCACAAUAUAUAUCUUCAUUACCAAGUUGUUAAAUACUUUUCUUACAUUUAUACAUGCAUGCUUCAAAGAGUAAGAGCUUGUCAAUUAAUAAAAGUUAUGUUUUUAUUAUAAAACUCUAAAUUUAGCUAUUUCUUUAAUAUAGUCUUAUGAUCUCUUCAGUUGUUCCAAUUUUGACACUGAUGUGUUUACAUAACCUAAUUUUUUUAUUCUUUGAUGAUAUCAAAACAUUAGUAAUUAAUUGAUAAAUUUUGACUAUUGCAUAAAAAUGGUAGAUUUAAAGAAAGAUUUAGAUGAAUAUUUGCUUCUCAAAAGCGAUCAAAAAAAGACAUUCAAACUGCAAAUGCCUGCUAUUCAAAAACCUAAUAUAUCUGGUUGGUUUAAAAAAGAACAACCCGAACAGGAUCAAACUUGGUUUCAAGAAACCAAGAAAGAAUGUUGUCCAAGUUUGAGUCGUCUUCAAAGGAUAGUAUUUUUUGCAGUCUGUGUAGGAUUAGGAUUAUUAUGUUUUUCAAUAUCUCUAAUGUAUAUUCCAGUAUUAUUAUUUAAAGCUAGGAAGUUUGCUCUAUUGUUCACAUUAGGCAGCACAUUUUUUGUGUUAAGCUUUUUUUUCUUAUGGGGCCCCAUAGCAUUCUUGAAACAUAUGUUUGCAAAAGAAAGACUGUUAGUGACUAUAACAUAUGGAGGAACCUUGACGGCAACAUUAUACUGUGCUUUACAUCUUCAGAGUACACCAUUUACUAUUCUUUUUGCUGUUUGUCAAAUCAUUUCUUUACUAUGGACGGUAAUAGCAAAUAUACCAGGCGGUUCUACCGGACUUUCGAUGAUGUCUAAAAUGUUUACCAGAUCAUCAGGUAGCACACUACCAAUUUAGUACUCGAUAACUUAUUUAUGAAUUCUAUUAUUGUUUUAAUUUUUUUUAUAUUUAUUGUUUGUAAUACCAUUCUUUUUAAAUAUAAUUAAUUUUUUUUGCAAA